AUGACUGGAGAGACCCAGCAUGUUUACACCAUCGGCAAUACUGAGGCCGGCCCCAAAGACCCCGACAAGGACUUCGUCUUUGAAGGCUGUGGGGACAAGGACGGGAGGACGCUUGGUGGGGAGGGGACAUCUCCCUUCCCCAGCCCUAAGGACAAGGAGCCCCACAGCCAGCGGGAAGCCGUGAUCCGGCCCCAACAAGCGGGGAAGAUCGAUUUCAAAUCCCUCCAAUGCAAACCCAAGUUUGGCAAUGACUGGGGAGAGGUCCAGGGCAGCCCUCAGUCGCCCCCAGGGAAGGGUCGAGCCCGUGAGCGCAGCCGGCGCUCGGGGAAGGGCGAGCGGGGCCAGCACCAGCUCUACCGGCUCAGCAUCACCGGCACCCGGCCGAACCCCACCAUCGGCAUCGCCUACCCCCAGCAGAAGGUGACCCCCCCAAAGAAACCGGAGGUGAAUCACAGCCCCGCAGCCGGCAGCUACCGCUUCCAUGUGCCCAGCAUCCCCCAGCGUGAGGCUGAGCUCCGGCAAGAAGACGUCGGCUUUGGCCGCUGCUUCCCCGACACCACCGCCGGCCGUACCUCUGCCAACUAUACCUCACAGCCCGCUGGCCCCAAGGGGCAGCCCCCCACUGCCGGCAUCCCCCUCAAGAACCCCGGCACCAAUGGGCAGCUACAUUAUCUCGAGUUUCAGGCGAACAGAGCUGACUCCUGGAAUUCCCCGGAGAAGAGCUUCACCGGUGCUAGCUAUGGAAUCUCGAUGCAGAAGGCCAGCUCUUUCCCCGAGGGUGGCAAAGCCGGUACCCAUGGUUUGGGUGCUUUGCCAUGCCAAUAUCCCUUCCAGCUGCUGCAUGACUCGGGGAAGGAUACGUACGGCGGUGAUGCCGGGAGCCAGGAGUACGUGGACAGCUUGGGGAUCCCCACCGGCACGCUGGCUCACGGCACCUUCUCCUUCCACUCGUCCUCCAGAGAGUGGCAAGACGAGGCACUGAGUGGUGGCUCCUACGAGAGCCUGUCCCCUGAAGGCAGGCUGUAUACCUUACCCAUGCCGCCACCACCACCGUUCCUGCACCCACCACCGCCCCCGGCGGCCCCGCACCACGGCCCUUUGUCGUGCUGCAAGGGCAGGAGCGAGCAUCCCACCGACCCCAAUGGUGCUCUCUCGUCGUCUGGUGCUAUCGACCAAAAUCCAAGCACUUUCCAAGAAAACCCAACUGUUUUUCCGUCUAGUUUACACUCGCCUAGCAUGCCAAAGCCAGUCGGUCAGAGGCAAGCCUCGGUGAAAGACAGUGGCCCCAGCCCACGGCUGCUGGUCCAGAGCAGCCCCCUGAGAAGGAACAUGCCACCAAACUCUCUCUCCCAAGUGCACUUUCCGAGCAAAGCCUAUUGCGGUUCCCCCACGGGCAGCACCAGCGUGGGAUCCAUGCCUUUCGAGACCAACAUUCCCACUACGGCACCCACCCACCCCAGGCUUGUGCAAGCUUGGGAAGGUGCCACUAAGGCGUUUUCUCUCCUGGACCAGAAUUCAGCACCUUAUUCAAACCCUGUUGGAAACCAGUUCUCAUUCGAGUGCCAGCCUGGCCCCGAGCAGAGGCAGCACAGGCAGAAAAAUGCCAGGAUGCCUUGGCAGCAAAUCCACCUGGCUGCCGCAAUGCCCAGUCAAAACAGGCUCGAGCUGUCGAGGCAGAUCACCAGCCAGAAGCUCCCCUUCCCACUGAGCACAGCAGAGUGGCAGGGGAGUGGGAAAGCCCAGAAAGGCCCCCCCCUAAGUAACUCUCUGGGGUAUCACAGCAAAAAACUCUUGUCAGGAGAAAGCAUCGGGGUCCAGAGAGGAGACCCCAACUCAACAGGCACUUUCUCUUUGGAGAAUGGGAAGGAGCCAGGGUCCCCUGUCUGUGAUUCAAGAAGCAAAGCCCUCUUCUACAGCAUGGGUCAAGCAGGUCCUCCACCCCCAAGGAGCUCAUCAGGCUCAGCAUUGGUCCUGCCAUCAUCAGCCUUGGUGGCUGCUUCCCCCUGUGAGUCCCCACUGCCUUCCCCUGUCCCCAACCCCACCUGUGGCAGCACCUGCUCGUCGCUCUCCCCCAUGUCCAGCAGCCCACUCAACCCUGGUUUUGAAGACAGCCAGAUGUCUGGAACGCUGACCCCAUCCCCCUUCUUCCAGCAUCCCUGCCAUCCCAAGGACAGCAACAAAACCUUCCACCCCUCCAACGUCCUGAGUUCCAGCUCACUUCAUUACCACCCUCCAGACUCCGUCAAAUCCUUCCACUUCCCUCCUGAUGCCCUGAAGGAUGACAGCCUCCUGAAAUGUGCCCCGGCGAGCCCGUUCCACAAACCCAGCGCGGAGGUGGCCAAAGGAUGCUCAGAUGGUCUGGAUGGGGAGCAGCCUCCACCACCCUACUCCUCCCAUCACUUGCUGGCCAACUCACUCAGCAGCGCUAGUCUGGACCAGCUGGAUGUGCUCCUGACCUGUAAGCAGUGCGACCAGAACUACAGCAACCUCUCCUCCUUCCUGCAGCACCGCCAGUUCUGCACCUCCCAUCCUGCUCCCCAGGGAGAAGGCAAGGAUGCUCCUCGGGCAGAUGAGGGGCAGAAAGCUCUCUCCCCAGAGCCCCUCAAACCUCCCAGCCUGGGGCUCUCUUCAGACCCUCAUUUCUUGACAUUAAACAAGAGUGAUGACUUCUUGCUGGAUGGAGAGAGCAAAAGCGAGGGCAAGGAAGAUGCUCUGAAGGGCAACCUCUUCAACGGCCUCACCGCCAGCUCCCUGCCACUCACUGCCUCAGACCUGGACAUCGAUGAUGCCAAGCUGGACAGCCUGAUCACCGAAGCCCUCAACGGCCUGGGCUACCAGUCAGAUAACCCUGAGAUUGACAGCAGCUUCAUAGAUGUCUUUGCUGACGAGGAGCUGACAGGCUUGAAGGCAGCUGGCGGUGGGAUGUCCCACAAGGUGAAGGAAGCUCUGGUCAUGGAAAGCAAAUCAAAGCAGGCAGCAGCAGAGGAGAAGGCAGCAGGACAGCCCAAGGCUGACUGUUUUUAUGAUGAUGACCAUGAAGCUGGGGAGCAGGAGAAGAGAGGAACAGGAAAACAGCACCUUCAUAAUGGGAGGACAGCACAGAGGUUGAAAGCCAAGGAGCUGGAUCUUGAAGCAGCAGAAGCUCAGAGGAUGGGCAGGCUGAGGACAGGCAGGAAGAACAGCAUCCCACCAACCACCACCUCUUCCAAGUCCACCUCCAGCCAAAAGCAUUCCAGGAAGCUAGGCCAGGAGCCCUCACCGAAGAGUGAGGUGGAGCCAGCUGUUGCCACCAAGAGUUCCAAGCCACCUCGGUUCUCCAUGAAGGAGGUGAAGAAGAGGAAACCCCGAAGUGGGACCUGGAGCAAGGAACUCAUUCACAAGAUCGUGCAGCAGAAGAACAAGCUCCACAAACUGCAGGUGAAGAGCAGCAGGCAGGCGCAGUUCCCUCAGGUCACCGAGAGGUGGAUGCCAGCUGCAAAGGAGGGCAGGUUUCAGGAGUAUGACUACAUCUCCGACUCGGAUGAUGAUGGGGCAGAGUGCAGCAAGCUCCAGGGGAGGAAGAAGCGUGGCACAGGAUUCAUCAGGAGGACCAAACGCAGCUUUAGCAAGAAACGCCCAGCGAGAACUGAGAGAGGCAAAGAGAAAGACCCAGCCUGGAGCUACAGUUGGAAAAGAGAUGGUCACAAAAGGGACACACAGGACCACGGUGGGGUCCCAAGCCAGGAAGAUGCUGAGAGAGAUGAUUGUGCCACCAGAGCCCGAAGACGGAGCAGCCAGUCAUCUACUGGCAGCAACCACAGUGGCAGCGUGCCCAGCGAGAUGGGCACCAGCCCACCCUGUGCAGAUGGGGCUGCCUCAGGCAGUGAGAAUGGAGGCAUGCAGAGGAGGAGGAGGUCGGGCAGCCUACCAAGGACUCCACUCAGCCUUCUGGGGGACAGGAGCCCAAAGAAGAGCCAAAAGAGCAAAAAGGACUUUUCCAGGGGGAGCAAGCAGUUUGGCACAGCCAGACCCUUGCUAGUAGGCUCCAGGACAUGCCCAAGUACUGAACCAGACAUUUCUGUGAGGGACUGUGCAAAAGAGGAGCAGUUACCACAGCCCCAAGAAGAGCAGCUGCCUGGCAUGGCCACCUUGGGCAGGAGCCCCAUCAGGGUCUCCUGUGAGGAUGGAGCAGAAGAACCCAAAGAAGCAGCAAAGCACAUAGAUGAGGCAGGAGACCCCACCCCAGAAGCUCAGGGCUCACCUGAGCUCACCAUGGUCAACCAGAGGCAUCAGUUUGCCCCUUUCAUGAGCAAUGGACUGAAAUACCAUGGAGAAGAGCUAAUUGCUCCAUCCCAUGGUGGUAAUGAAGCUAGUUCUGGCAAUGUGAGUGAUGCCCUCUCAGAAGCGGGCAUCAAAUACGUGAAGGCACAUGGGCUCUGUGAUGGUCAGAAGGACUAUCCUGCACCAGUGGCCCCAUAUGGGGGCGAUGCUGCAGGGAUGAUGCUCACUGCCAAGAUUCCAAAUCCAUACACCAACACCACCAACCCCACAUUUUUUGAUCCCAAAGGCCUUCCCGGUCACUACGAUGAUAACCUCUUCUCAAAGCCCCCAGCCUUGGGCUCUUCACACAUGGAUGAUGUGUACUUAUGCCGGGAUGACAUCAGCACCAGCUUCUUUGAGCAGAAGCAUGCCAGCAUCUCCCCUUACACCACAGAAACACCGCAGGCCAAGGUCUCCUCUCCUCUCAGCUUUGAUUCCUCUUCGAUAUUUGGGGAGCUUCCCGUGGGCGAGUUCGAUCCACCGCUGUAUGAGAGCGUUCCUGCCAGCAAGGACAGCUAUGUGACAACGUUCACCUGUGCCCCCAGCUCCCCCAGCAAGCCACUGCCAUUCGAGCAGCCCUACCCACCCUUCAUGCCAGAGAAAGACUGGUCCCUCAUGGAGGAAGUGGCUCCAGUGCUACCAGAAGACAUGACUCAGUUCCACAGCCUUUCGGUGGAGAAGCCACCAGCCAAGAAAUUCCCCGAGGAAGGACCUGUCCCCAGCAGCCAGCUCUCCCUGCCACUGACAGACAGGGUGACAGAUUAUAAUGUGGCUUUCAUGAACAACAGCUCAGAUGACGAGCUGGAGAUCAAGCGGUUAGUCACCGAGCUGGAAAGUCAGCUGCAAACCAGCAAGCUGGAUAACGAGCCCCCUCCCACCCUUCAGAAACCCCAGCAACACGCUGCUGCCCACCUGCAAAGACAGGCAGCUGAGCAGUUCCCAGCACUGCCAGCCAAGCAAGAGACAGGCCAGGACAAGGGACUGCUUUUGGGAGAUGAGCUGGGAAGUCCAGGCCUCUGUGCAGGGCAGAGGCUGAGAGGUGAGAAGCCAAACACCAUGAGUGGCUGUGAGGACUACAAGAGACCCAGGGAGCCUUGGCCCAGCCCAGUGGAGCUGGGCUCACUGGAGGUGGGGAUGUGCACAGCAGCCCCUCUCACAGUGGACCAUUUCUGCUCCAAGGAUGGUGCUCAGCAGCUCCAAGGCAUUGUGGCUGCUGAGGAAGGUGACUCUGGAAAGCCAGUACACGGGUCUUCCUCCAAAAGCCUGCCAGGCUCACACACACCAGACCAAACAGAGACUCCCAUCUACACAGACUCCGUGACAAAAAGCCCUUCUGCUGUCCUUGACUCUGUGUUCCCCAAAACUCUGGAGGCACCUGAAGCAACCAAAGAUCCUCUGCCAUCCCUGCCAUGCCAACACAAUGCUAAGAGCUUCCCAGUGCCAGGGAAAGCUGAUGAAAGCUUCGCUGAUGCUGCCGAGCCGGAGAAGUUUGAUGGCUGCCCUCCAAACCAUAAGCCUGAAUUUGGCUCUCAGCAGCACCCUAACCCAGCUGUAGAUCUUGCCUUUUCACCUCAUAUCAAAGAGGUUCCAGAUACAGAAGAAAGACACUUAAGCAAGCCAGAGUCACCCAAGAUGGCAAAAAGCACUGUGGACUUCAGAGGGGAUGGUGGUGGCUCUGCAUUGAUGGAAGACACAGAGGAGAGGAAGAGCCCCACCACCUGCCCAGACCCUGGACCUGGUGACAAAGCCAAGCCAAAAGUGCUUCUGUUGGAUGUGUUGAGUCUGCCCAAGGAGAGCGACAGCAGCUCCCAGAAGGGGGUGGCAUCCCAGGAGACAUCUGCCAACCCUCUGCAGCAGCUCCAGCUCUUUGUUGCCCGCACAGUGAAGAGCAACGAGGAGGAGCUGUUGAUGCCAUGCUUCCCCGUGCUGCUGGCUCCCUCUGCCACUGCCCGCAUCCAGCCAGAGCAGAAAGAGGAGGGCGGAGCUGCCACAGAAGGGGAAAAUCAGACAUGUUGCCCUGCCCAAGGGGAAGAGAAUAUACCUGUUGGAGACAACACAGACAAUACUGCUACCCCAGCAAAAGAUGCUGAGCUUUUCUCUAGUGGACAUGAGCAGCUGGAGUCCUUUGGUGUGAUGGGUUCUUGUGGUGCAAAACAAUCCACGUUCUCCAAGCUGGAGUUACAAAACCAUGCAAGGGAGCUGCAGCACUUAUCAAAUGAAGAGGUGGAGCUGAGUGACAUUAAUAUCCGUGCAGAUGGUGCUUCCCGAGAGCAGAAUUACCUCCUGCCACUCAAAAACACAGCGGUGACCCCACUGCUGGGGCAAGGGAAGAAAGCUGAUCAGCUGCUGGAAGAGCAGGAGCAAGGGAAAAACCAAACGACCUUGGCAUUUCAAAACCAUCAGAGAUCCCUUGCAAGCAGGAGUUUGCUGGAGAGAGAAACCCUGAGCAGCUCAGCAGCAGAGGGUCUGGAAGGGAAUCAAGUGGAGCAAGGGACACAGCCCCAGGGCAGUGCUCCUGCAAGUCCCACCAGCCCCUCAGGUCACUCCAAGGAGGCUCUCCACCAAGAUCACUGCUUGGUGCUGGAGACAAAACCCAGAGCAGUCAACAUGAAGGUUCCCAGAGAAGGAAAUGGCAAGAAGUCCCUCAGUGGCUGUCACUGCAUGGGUGAAUCUUCAGCCACCCUUCCCUUGCUGACCAAUUCUUCUCACCCCAAGUGCUUGCAAAGUGGUGGGGCUGAGGGAGAAGAGGUGUCCAGCUUCAACACUCAGCUCUCAGAUGAGAAGAAAUAUGAUGUAUCCCUGCUCAACACAUCAAGUUCAUACAUCACCAAGACAUGUCCUCCUGAGGUCAACAACCAGCACAUCCAUCACCUCUCCAUGAGCACAGGAGAACAAGGGGUAGGGAAAAGGGCACCCACCUUUCCUCCCUCACUGCUUCACUGCAGGGCCAUGCCAAGGGAAGUGAAUAAGGAUGGUCACCAUCACCACCCCGAUGGCAUUUUGGGUAACUACAGACCACCUGAAAGGGAAGGAGCAGUAAGACCCUGCACUCUGCUGCCUGCUGAUGGUCUGGUGGGCUCUGAUUUGGAGAUGGAUGGUCCCCAGAAUGCACAUGGGGAGGACUGCACUCUUCCUUGCUCACCACCUUUCAACCACAAAGGUGUUUUGAAGGAGGUACCUGAAAGUGUUGAUUCUGUGCUGUCAAGUUCUCAUUUUAAAGAAAGUCAAGCAUGCACCAUCACAGAUACAGUCAAUAGCUCCAUUCCUCCAGAAGCCAAAGAUGACCCAAUACAACCCAUGACAGAUCUUCUGCUGAUCAGAGAAGGAGAAGUAAACCUGAAUCAAGAGUACAAGCUUGAAAGCUGCUCUGAUAAUGGAGAUCAUCAACAAGGUGAACCAGAAGGUUUUUCCAAUGGCUUUGUUGCUCAGCAGGUGCCAGCAGCUGCUGGCAGAGGUCUUACAAGGAUUAGAGACCUUGAUCCUGGCCACAAGUUUUCAGAGGCAGCAGAGAUGAGACUUGGUCUUUCCAUAACCACAGAGAGCAGAGAAAAGAGUUUAAAAGGGGAGAAACCCAAAAGCCAUGGGGCUAGAGAAGCUGGGAGUUGUGUGUUGAACAGUGUGUGCCAAGGAGAGGACAACACACCUAACAGCACUCCAAACCCUUCCCAAAAUGACCUUCAGAAAGAAAAGAAGCCAAACGGGCUCCCGGUGACCUGUGACAUUUGUUCAGCCACUUUCCGGUCCAAGCCUGGCCUGACCAGGCACAAAGCUGUCAAGCACCAGGUGAAGAAUGGCAACAUACUGCAGCACAACAAGACUCCCAGGUCCACCUUGAGUCCUACAGACAAGACAUCAAAAACAGCCCACAAGGUGCCUAGGAGGAGCCUGAAGGCUCUGGUCAAAGGCAAAACCUGUAGCUCUCAGAUGCUGACCACCAGUGUUGAACAUGUGCCCAAGGAAGCAUGCCCAGGCUUGGAGAAAGAGCCUAGCACACAGAUGCAAGACGUGGUCAGCAGAGUGCUCAGUGACCUCAGUGUGAUCUCCUUCGAGAUGUCCCAGGAGAUGCACCACACACAUGUUCUGAAGAGGGAGAUGAAGGCAAGAGGACCACACUCAGAGACAAGGAGAACAGGCGAGGUGGUGGCUGGGAACCUGAACUCUGCCAAGAAGGGAGAAAAGGGCAGAAGAAACCAAAGCAAAGAUCCUGUAGAAGCAGACAACAGUUCUGAGAAGAAGCUAAACAGGAAAGUGAGACGAAGGAAAGCAAAAGUGUUUCCCAGCAGAAAGGAGCCUGAUGGUCCAUGUGAGGUGGAGAAGAAUGGAGGUCCUCCUGCUGCUGUGCUCAGCUCCAGUCUGCCUGGGAUCGUGGAGGGCUUCUAUGAGCCAGGCGGUUGCAUCUCGAAAGAGGAGCAAAAUAUGUCAAACUCAUCCCAGCACUCUCAGAAAGCUGAACAGUCUCCCUGUGCAGCUGAGCUUGCAGAGGACCUGGGCAAUGAAACGGUGUCUUCAGAGGAGGUCAUCAUCAAAGAGUCAGUAACAAGCAUGAUCACCUGCCCCAGGGAGGUGGAAGAUUCAAACAGAGUUGAAGACACACAGGCUUGCAAAAACUGGGUUAGAGGGUUCGUGAAGCAAGUGGAGAAGGGACCGGGCAAGGUAGACAAAGAGCAGCAGCAUGGUGUCGAUGCUGCAGAAGAUACGGGUGCUGAGGCAGGAGAAGGUCCUGUGGCAGGCAGUAGUGCUGGGAACCAGAGUGUUGUCCCACAGGGUCCCGCAGCUCCUGCUGAAGGUGAUCUGCUGCUGGAAACGUGUGAUUCUGAAACCAUGCAGAAGUUUCCUGGGCAAGGUGCUCUGCAGACCACACCAAGGACCAGCCCCGCUUCUGCUGAGCCCAAGCACUGGGUGAAGGCGGACGUGUCACCGGGCAGAGAACGCUGCACAGAGAGCGCAGCUGUCUCGGACCUCCAGAGCUUGUUUGACGAUGACUCCACAUUCUCCCAGCUGUUCCCUCGGGACGAGCAGUUUGUCCGCAGGAAGUGCACUCGGGUCUAUGGGAAGCGCAGCAAGAAACCCAAGCCCACUGCCGAGGCGACCCUCCAGCCAGCAGGUGCUGCUGACCUCUUCACAAUCCGGUUAGCUUCUGACCUCAGCGAAACCAAUGCCUUCUGUGUCACCAGGGAGGACCCUUGUGAAUAUGAAACCAUCUCUGUUGACGAUGCCUUAAUGCUGAACAUGUGUCAUGGCAGCAAGGUGAAGAGUGGAGAUGCUGCUUCCGGUGAAUCUAAAAGCGUUGUACCAAGGUCAGACCGUGAGAAGAGCGACCGAGGGAAGGAGGACAUUGACUUAGAAGACAACAUGCUAACCUUCUUGUGCCAAAACAGUCAAAUGGACAACGUCCCCAGCUUGAACAUCUGGGGGAGUCUGGAGAAGGAGGGAGGAAAUCUCUCUGCUGAGGACAUGUUUGAGCCUCUGAUGGACCUUGAGGAUGAGCACUCACUCAGAGAAGCAAUCUCCGAUCCCCCUGACCUGGCUGAGGAGCCAGGCAAUGCUAAUGAAGAUUCAGACUCCUCCGAAUUCCAUACCAUAGACAUCGAGAUGCUGAAUGCAAAGCUGAAGAUGAGAGACAUGUGCUUCUUCGGCCCUUGUGAAGAUCUUCCUGGCCACGGUGAGGAGGAUGCUGUGAGUUUCAAGCCAAAGCCAAACCAUCACAGCAAGCACAGAAGUAAGCCGGAAGAUGGGAAAGUGGGGAAAAACCGUAGUGAGAUAACCAUCAAGACCAAAGACAAGCAGUACAAAUGCAAAGUCUGCUUCCAGUGGUUCCUGACAUUAGGGGAGCUGGACUUCCACAAGCUCUCUCAUAAUCCUUCCCCUCCACCCACCUGCUACAUGUGUGUCCAGCGCAAAUUCAGCUCCCGGGAGCAGCUGAGGGACCACCUGAAGGAGAAGCACGCCAAAAACAAAGCCGGUCUGUGGGCUUGUGGGAUGUGCCUGAAGGAGAUCUCUGACGUCUGGAUGUACAAUGAGCACCUCCGGGAGCACGCCACCCAGUUUGCUCGCAAGGGGCAGGCGCAGAAGUCUGUGAUGGGUCUGCCAGCCUGCUUUGCUGAGGACAACGCUGCUGUCACCCACUUCCUCAACACCAUCAUGUAUCGGAAGCCCGGCAGGUCCUCCCGGCACGCCGAGCCCAGCAGCAAGCAUGUAGCCAGCAGAGAGAGCAAGAGCCCCAGGGAGCCAUCCCUUGAGCAGGAGGCCAAGGUGAUGAAAGACCCCUUGGAAAGCAGCAUCAAGCUCAAGCCACCUGCACCCAGCUCCUCAAAAGCAUCUGCCGUUCCAUCUCCAGAGCAUGUGGCAAAGAGCGAAGGCACCCCAAAAUCUGUCCCCAUGCACCCAGACUGCAAGGACCCUUCCAGAGACUGCCAUCACUGCGGCAAGCAGUUUCCCAAGCCCUUCAAGCUCCAGCGGCACCUAGUCGUCCACAGUUUACAGAAGAUUUACUUGUGCCACAAGUGUCCUAUGUUCUACCAGGAGACCAAAGAGCUUCGAAACCACCUCAGCCAGGAGCACGGCAUCGUGGAGGAGCAGGAGAUCAAGCACACCACCCUGUACACCUGUGAGCUCUGCGCUGAUGUCAUGCAUGUUAUCAAGAAGUCCUUCAUCUGCAGCAUGUGCAACUACACCUUCUCCAAGAAGGAGCAGUAUGACCGGCACAUGGAGAAGCACUUGGCAGGAAGCAACAAGACUUUCAAAUUUAGAGGGGUCAUGAGGCCUGGUGUUGCCUCCAAGGAAGGCAGGGAGAAGGUGAAAGAGGACAGCUCUCUCCAGGAGGGCAUGCCACCAAGCAAGAAAAGGAAAGUUAUUCACCGCAGCAGCUCACUCCCACACAGCUCACCAGUCCUCCUGGACCACACUAGUGACCUUCAGCUGGUAGAGACUGCAAGCCCCAGCCUGCAGGCUCCCACUGACUCCUUCCCUACAACUCCUGGUGACCCAGGAGAACCUCAACCAUCUGUGAAAACAGAAGACCUGGUGGGCGACUUCUCUGAUCUCCUGGCAGAGAUGGAGAAAUCCCAGUUCGACCCCCUGCCUCCACCACCCUGCCUGUCCCCAUCUUUGCCACAGGCUGCAGCAAGAAGCCCAGAGCUCAGCCACAUUGCUGCCCUGUCUAUGGAGGAGCUGGAGAAAGGAGCAUUUGAUGGGAAACCACUUCCUUUCUUAGACUCACCUGAGUUUACCAUUGACCUUGCUGGGUUGGCUUGUAACCAGGCCACAGAGCAAAAGCUGUCUCCUCCACACCUGACUGAGAAACGUGGCUAUGCUGAUGCCCAAAAAAGAACAAGUGCACACAAUGAUGGUGAAUAUGUAGCAGAUAUCCUAGAAAAUCCCAGUGCAGCCACCAACACUAUGGACAGGAUUCCGUUUCUCCAGCUUGCCAAGAAGGCCUCAGAACUUCCUUCCCUACAGGCAGAGGCUCCACCAGCCAAGGAGACCCAUAGAUGGGGCAACACUAGUGCCAGCAAUGCCUCUUCUUGGGACGGUGCAUCUAAGACCACAUCUCCAGAAGCUGCACACCCACCCCUGCCCCUGAAGGAGAAGAUGGCAUCACCCAUGCUGAACAGGGCUGCCAAAGAUCCAGUCCUGCAGAAGAAGACCGUGGGGAGCCAGCCCAGCAGCGAGGCUGGUGUGGGCAGCCCAGCUGGGAGCACUGAGGACAGUCAGCAACCCAUCCUGGGGAGGGAGAAAGUCGUGUCUGAGGUGAAGGAUAGUAGCACUAACACCAAGGACCAAGGUGGCAACCCAAGCAAAUCCACCAGUCACCAGCCCAGAAGUGAGGUGGCCAACAACACCAUGAGAUACAGCCAUGUGGAGCCAAGCAAAGCCACCAGUAAGCUUCACCCUAAAAGGAGGAAAGAGCACAAGUCCCUGAGCCACCGCAGCAGUUCCAGGGAGAACAUGGAGGGAGAUGGGAAAAAGAAAAAAGCCCGGCCCCCGUGCCCAGGGAGGAGUGAGAGCGCCGGUGAGCUCAAAUGCACCAGCUGGAGCAACGCCGAAGCUUCUGCCCUCUCCCCGGGGAGGAAAGAGACGCACUGCAACAAACUGGUACCCAAGCCCAAAACAGGCACCCAGCUGAAGAAGAUGGUCCUGGACUCUUACAACCAGAAGAAGGGGGAGCUGCGUCAUGCCAACGGGGACGUGAAACGCAGGAAGGCCAUCCUGGGGAAGAGCCUCCACCAAGUGUUGGCCAAAGGGCCGGCGUCAUCCCCGCGUGGCUCCUUGCACAGCCCGCGUGCCACCCGGGGCGCCAAGCCGGCCGCCUCCGCCACUUACCGCACCGCCGAGUCCCAGAACAACCUGCUCAGCCAACUCUUUGGGCAAAAAUUAACUAGCUUUAAAAUUCCUUUAAGGAGAGAGACUUCAGAGUAAUUUAUGGAAGUGACUUCUGGUGAU